AAUGAGGGGAAAAUAAAAUAAAAGGACAGGCCAGAAUUCAACUAAACAUUGAUUAUUAUGUGCAGUGAUACCUGCACCAGAAACCGAAGAUUGAUCUCGGUCUUGAGUCUUGUGUUAACCAGUGCAGCAGAUACAGAAAACGAAAAGAAAAAGAAAUGUAUGCUUUGCGGACGGUUUUGGCUUGCCACCCGCGUAAACUGAGAAAUGGAUUUUAUUGCCGGGCAGUGGAGGAUCAACCUGCAGCUCAAUCCAACCAACGCCCAAACAAGAAGAAAGUUGUCGUCGUUGGGUCGGGCUGGGCAGGUCUUGGAGCUGCUCAUCACCUCUGUAAACAAGAGUGCUUUGACGUGAUGGUGAUCGAAGGCGGAUAUGAAUUUGGACCCAAGAACAAGUCUCUUAGUCCAGACGAUAUUGGUAUUCAAGGUUUCUGGUAUCCUUAUAGGAAUGUAUUUAAUGUUGUUGAUGAGAUUGGUAUCACACCCUUCACAAACUGGAUCAAAUCUGCACAAUAUUCACAAGAGGGAUUGGAGGUUAAAUUUCCAAUUUUUCUAAACGAGCGUCAGAUGCCCACUCCAUUUGGAACAUUACUUUACAGUCAGUUUGAUCGGCUUCCAUUGAUUGAUCGGUUGACUUUGCUUCCUCUGAUGGCUGCAAUAGUAGACUUUGACAACACUGAUGCUGCAUGGAACAAAUAUGAUUCGAUUACUGCAAGGGAACUUUUGAAACAAUUUGGUUGCUCCGAAAGACUCUUCCGGAAUGUGGUUGGUCCAUUGCUUCAAGUGGGUUUAUAUGCUUCAGCUGAGCAAUGUAGCGCUGCUGCAACUCUUGGAAUGCUAUACUAUUAUGUUCUUGCUCACCAGAAACAUUUUGACUUUGUAUGUUGUCGUGGGGGAGUUAGAGAAAAAAUAUUUGAGCCCUGGAUGGAAUCCCUAAAGUCCCAAGGUUGUAAGUUCCUAAAGGGUAAAAAAGUCACCGAUGUAUUGUUAGAUGAGAAAUCAGGUCGUGUUUCAGAAGUAGUUUGUGAAAAAGAGAGCUUCAAGGCUGAUGCUAUAAUACUAGCUGUUGGAGUCUCCACUCUGCAGGAAAUUAUCCAGAACAGUGCAACUUUAUGUACAAGAGAAGAGUUUCUCAAGGUUUUGAACUUGGGCAGUAUUGAUCUACUUACUGUUAAACUGCAGCUCGAUAAGAAGGUGAAUAUACCGUAUGCAAGCAAUGUCUCUUCUGGAUUUGACAAUUCAAGCGCAUGUGCUUUUUUUGACUUGAACGCCAUCUAUGAUGACUGUAAAGAUAAUCCAUCCACGAUGAUUCAAGCCGAUUUUUAUCAUGCCACCGAUCUGUUGCCCCUAAAGGAUGAAAGAAUAGUCGGCAAAGUAAUGUCUUGCCUAUCAAACUGCAUUAAGGACUUCGAAAAUGCAACAGUGAUUGACAGAGAAGUUGAGAGACUUCCAAAAUCGUUGACUCAUUUCUUUCCUGGCUCAUACAAGUACAUGAUGCGUGGUUCGACAUCUUUUCCAAACUUAUUCAUGGCUGGAGACUGGAUCAUAAACCGUCAUGGUUCAUGGUCACAGGAGAAAUCGUAUGUCACGGGACUUGAAGCAGCCAACAGGGUGAUCGACUGCCUGGAAGAAGGAAGUUUCGCAAAAAUAAUUCCUCUCGAGGAAGAUGAGCCUCACGUUGAAGCUCUACGCAGUCUUAACAGGAACAUCAGCGAGAUAAGAGGCCAGUUUCCAUGGUCUACAUUUUUUCUCCAGUGACACUUCUUCCUUUUGCUUUGAUAUUUGCAGUGGGGAUAUAUUUAGCUGCCCAUCAAAACCUCACAUGAUAGUAUUGACUGUAUUAUUGAAUUCAUAGGCACAAUGUUUCAUCUACCAUAGAAAAAUAUUUUCUUCUUUUAUUGAGAUAACUGUUGCAUGUAUGAUGUACCCAUCCUUGCUGUUCUCCUAUUGUAAAAAGUAAUGGAAAUGAUAACAUAACCUAAUGAUAAUCACUUGUAGGCAUA